GUCUUUUGCAAUACGAAUUCUCGUCUAGUAAUUCUAGUCUAGUUUUAACCUAAAAUACACCUCACAAAAUAUUUUUUUAGCAUCAUAAAUAGAAUCGUCAUGAAAAUUCUAAUAGGUGGAGGAACCGGGUUCAUAGGACAGCAUCUAGUGAAACAGUUAGUUUUCAAAAAGGGAUAUGACGUUAAAAUUAUAUCGAGAAGAUCCGGUCCUGAUCAUAUUACAUGGGAUUCUUUGUACAAAAAUGGACUUUCAGAGUAUUAUGAUGCCAUAAUUAAUCUGAGCGGUGAAAAUAUUCUACAACCUUUUAAAUAUCGCAUAGACGGAGAAUUUUUGGACAAAGUAUACUCCAGUCGCAUAGAAACAAAUGGAUUUUUAUCGAAAUGUAUUGAAAAUUCUGAAAAUCCCCCGAAAGUCUGGAUAUCUACAUCUGCAAUUGGCAUUUAUGAGCCCCAUCGCCAUAAUAGAUAUACAGAGUCAUCUGAAACCAGUGGAAAUUGCGUUAUUUCUAAACUGUGCCAAGAUAAUGAGAACGCUUCGAAAUUAUCCGAAAACUGCAAGACGCGUCAUGUAAUAUCGCGUACAGGUGUCGUUCUUGGUAGGAAUGGUGGAAUAGUUUAUAAAACAUGGCUCCCAUUUUUUUUCGGUUUGGGUGGUAGAAUAGGAAGUGGCAAGCAGUACUUUCCCUGGAUUCAUAUUGAUGAUGCUGUUGGGAUAUUAGAGCACGCAAUUGAUAAUGAAACAAUAAAGGGGCCCUUAAAUGUGGUUGCUCCUGCUUUCGACACUAAUGAGGAUUUCACAAGAGAAUUCUCUAAAGCCAUGUGUCGACCUGCUCUUUUUCCCAUUCCUGAUUUUGUCAUGAGAACCGUGUUUGGUCCCGAUUUCAGCAAAGUGGUAUUAGAAGGACAAUGCGUUGUGCCAGAAAAAGCUAUACAAAGUGGCUACAAUUUCAAAUAUCCUGACUUAAAGUCAGCUUGUCAAGAAGUAAGUCGAUGGAUGACCUUUACAGACGUUUCAAAGUAA